GACAGUGAUACACGUGUAUCUGUUGUCAAGCUGAAGGAUAUGGAACCAGCAAAGAUGAUGGCAGAAGUCAAAGAAGCAUCUAGUCUAGACUGACAAGAGCUCCAUGACCCACCUACAAUGAGGAUGUACCAUAGAGGCUGCCUUCAGGCCCUCCUGCCUGAGUCUGUGUACAAACACUGCCUCUAUAACUGCGUCAGAGCCCGGUGGCGGGGAGUCGCCCACAGUCCCUGUUCCCUCAGAUCUCUGAGCAGUGAUGGUCUCACGUCUCAGUCCGUCGUGGUCAAGCAGAACUCAGUGAAGGUGUUGGGUCAGACAUACGACCGUGACCAAUACACAAACAUUACGCCCAAAAUUCUGUCCAAAGUAGGCCGUAACCUCCACAAUCAGCCACACCACCCUCUCUGGAUUAUUAAGGAGCGCAUUAAAUCCCAUUUCUACAGUUCCUACAUGGGCCGCUGGGGCAAUCCUCUCUUCUCUGUUUAUGACAACCUGAAUCCUGUGGUGACUGUGGAACAGAAUUUUGACAGCCUGCUCAUUCCAAAGGACCACCCGAGUCGCAAGAAAGGGGACAACUACUACUUGAACCACAACACCCUGCUGCGAGCACAUACCUCCGCUCACCAGAGAGAGCUGGUUCGUUCGGGGCUGGAUGCCUUCCUGGUGGUUGGAGAUGUUUACCGCAGAGAUGAGAUAGAUGCUAGCCACUACCCAGUGUUCCAUCAGAUGGAGGGGGUACGACUCUUCUCCAACCAUGAACUAUUUGCAAAGGUGACCAAUGGUGAGGAGCUGAGUCUUUUUGAGAAGGGAGAUCGACGUACCCCUCAAAAACAGGAGUCCCAUACCCUCGAGGCGGUGAAAUUGGUGGAGUUUAACCUCAAACAGACAUUAACUGGUCUGGUCAGACGUCUUUUUGGGGAAGAAUUGGAAAUACGCUGGGUGGAAUGCUAUUUCCCAUUCACUCAUCCCUCCUUUGAAAUGGAGGUGCGUUUCCAGGGCGAAUGGUUGGAGGUGCUUGGCUGUGGAGUAAUGGAACAAGAAAUAGUCCAUUCAGCGGGAGCAGAGGAUAAGGUGGGCUGGGCCUUCGGUUUGGGUUUGGAGAGACUUGCAAUGGUCCUCUACAGCAUCCCAGAUAUCCGUAUGUUCUGGAGCGAGGAUGAGCGCUUUCUGAAGCAGUUCUGCCUACCCAGCAUUGAGCACUCUGUCACUUUUCAGGUUCUCAGUAAAUUCCCUCCCCUGUGGAAUGACAUUUCAUUCUGGCUUCCUACGGAGGGUUACACGGACAAUGACUUCUAUGACCUUGUGAGAAGUAUCGGGGGUGACUUGGUUGAGAAGGUGGCCCUGGUAGACAAGUUUACCCAUCCAAAAAGCAAAAGGACCAGCCACUGCUACCGCAUCACCUACCGGCAUACGGACAGGACUCUAACGCAAGAGGAGGUGCGGACCGUCCACCAGGAGAUUGAACAGGCCGUCGAACAACAGUUGGGGGGUGAAGGGAGGUACUGACUCUGUUUCCACUCCAUAAAGGCAUAUUCAACAUCUCUGACUUUAGCCACGGGCUACACCCCCUGAAAUGUCCUAUGAGAUCUUUUGUGUAUGAUUGAUAGUCGUCUUUUCAGACUAUUAAUUAUCAUGAAGGAGAUGCCAUUGUACAGCGUACUGGAAGGAUAAUUACCACACAGUACAUUUACAGUACAGACAUUACAUCUUGGAUUAAGCUUUCAUCAGACAGUCACCAGGCGUUUUAAUAAUUCAAUGACAUUUGUUGCAUUGUUGCUGAAAGGGGAUAUUUGAGUUACACAUGCAACCCUGCUGGUUCUCUGUCGAGCCCUGAAAUGGUGAGAGGGAAAUACAAAGAAAUGCAGUAAAGCACACCUCUGUUUCAUGUUGCACUUUGCUAAAGGAUAUGUGAUGUAUGCAGAUUGUCCUCCUGUAAAAACCUGUUGGGAAGGAACAUUGCACUAAUGCUGCCUCUGAACUAGGAAAGAUGGUUUUGCUAUGUAGCAAAUUGUACUCACAUACUACGGGUUGUAAUAAAUUGCAUAAUUUA